AGGUCAAUGUACACAUGUCUUAGCUGUUAUCAUGAUUCUGGAAGAAUGGAAGAUUUCUGGUUUUGUUGAAAUUCCCUCAAUGCUGUCAUCAACUUUCCUACCCCAACAGUGGGAUAAGCCAAGAGGUGACAAGAUUCAACCAGAAGCAGUGUCCCAGAUGAUCAUUUCCAACCCAUCAAACCUAAACAGAAAAAGAAAGCCAAUUGUGGCUUCUUUUGUUGACACACGGAAAACUGAAAUCGGUGAAAUGGAUAUGGAAAUCCUGAAAAAGUUUAAACAAGCCCCGAUUUCCUAUCUGGUAUCCACAGCAGCCGGACCAACUGUUGACACUCCAUUCGGUGCUCAUUAUAUAGGAUCUCCUCUCAGCUAUCAUGCACCAUUGAUUUUACCUAUUACAAAACCCCGUGCAGCAGAAAACUGUGGAAGUACUGUGUUCCCAAAAGCCCUUCAUACCUGCGUUGACCUUGAAUGCAUUCAAAACCUUACACAUGAAUGGACUGAGCUGAAUUUGACACAGAGUGAUGCAAUUAAUUUGGAAAAAUCAACAAGAUAUACCUACGUAUUCAUUUGCAUUUCAUAUUACCUAGCACUUUACAUGUAACUGUGCAUGACAAAAAACUUGUAUUUACACGAGUCAUCAGUCGACCUGCACGGGCACCAGAUCUGCAGCUAUGUCCCCUUUGUACUUUCUAUUUACGAGUUUAAUAAUAUUUUAAUGAGCGUUACAAGUAUCGGUGAGCAUAUUACCUUUGAACACACGUAUAAAUGUUUCGCUUUCCCUCUUUCUUUGAGUAUAUCUUCAUUUAACUGAUAAUGGCG